AUGAAUCUUCAAGAUAGUUGUGUACCAGCUGAGCAACUGCUGACACUACAGACUAGAACGUUCAAAGAUAUUCUUUCGAACAGCAUUUCAUCACAAAAACCCACCAAGGCGAGGGACACGGCUACGCUUCGCUCAGAUUUAGCUGAAGAUGAACAGUCAAAUACAACGGCUCAAAAUACUCGGAGAGAAGGUUUAUCGUCAAGUUUACUCCCAUCUCUUUCAGUAACUUCCAACACAAAUACUGUAAUAAAAAAUGAAACAGUUUCCAAUAUAGUUAAAGAAGAUACUGCCAACCUUCAAAACAUUAAUAAUAUGAAUUAUAGUACACCACCGCCACACGAACAUCCAACCGAUGUAUCCGUGGUGACGCCAUUUUUGGUUAAGCAUAUUAGUGAUCAAUCCAUGAUACCCAAAGAUAAUUUCCAUCGUUUUUGCUAUAGACAUAACCCCGAUGUUACAUGUAAUAAACGAACUGAUGAGGUGAAGAUGAUGAAAAUACAGCAACAAUUGGAUAAACUUCCAUCUAGAGAUCAGGAAGCUAUUACCCAUGUUUGGUCAAUUUUUUCGGCCGCACCAGACCCACAUAGGUCACUUAUUUUAAGAGGUCUCCUUUCGCAAUGUUGUUUUCCACAACUUUCGUUCAUAUCACAAGAAGUGAGUUCAUUGAUUAGAAUUGACUUCAUUUCGACUUUACCAAUGGAAAUCUCCUUAAAGAUUCUAUGCUAUUUGGAUUGUAAUUCAUUGUGUAAUGCAGCACAAGUUUCUAGAAAGUGGAAAUCGCUUGCUGAUGACGAUAGAGUAUGGCAUCAUAUGUGUGAACAACAUAUUGAUAGGAAAUGUCCUAAUUGUGGUUGGGGAUUACCACUUAUGCAUAUGAAGAGAGCUAGAGAGUUUACCACUGAUGAUGACCAAGCCAACAACCCAGACAAACGUAGGAAAGUUGAAGAACUUCCAGCAGGCGGCGAGGGACAAUCAUCAGCAAUAAUAGUGAAGGGAAAUAAUGGUGAAGGAUCUCAAGAAGAUGGAUCGGCUAGAAGAGUUGUGUUGAAGAAAAGACCAUGGAAAUCGGUUUAUAGUGAAAGAUUCAAAUUGGAAAAAAAUUGGAGAAAAGGAAUUCAUACAAUCAAGACUUUUGUUGGUCAUUCAGACGGGGUCACAUGCUUACAGUUUAAUGGCAAAUAUUUAAUGACUGGCUCCUACGACUCAAGUAUUAAAAUCUGGAAGGUAAGUACUGGUGAAUGUAUAAGAACGUUAACAGGACACACCAAAGGAGUACGUGCGUUGGUUUUCGAUUCUCAAAAGUUAAUCACUGCGGGUUUAGACUCCACCAUCAAGGUAUGGAAUUAUCAUACUGGUCAAUGUAUUUCUACUUAUAGAGGGCAUGACGAUGCAGUAGUCAGUGUGGAUUUCUGUAAUAGAACUAUUGUCUCAGGAUCUGCCGACCAUACUGUCAAAGUAUGGCAUGUUGACUCUCGGACAUGUUAUACAUUAAGAGGACAUACCGAUUGGGUGAAUUCAGUUAAGAUUCACUCUCAAUCCAAUACCGUUUUUAGUGCAUCUGAUGAUACAACGAUUCGGAUGUGGGAUCUUGAAAAUAACCAAUGCUUAAGAGUAUUUGGAGGAAUUGAAAAUAAUGGCCAUAUUGGUCAAGUGCAAUGUGUCAUCCCAUUAAUUUAUAAAGAUAAAAUUGUUUCAGAUGGACAUGAAAGUGAAAAUGAAUAUCACCCAGUAGAUGGGAAUGGCAGUGUGAGUUCUGGUACCGCCACCCCAUCCGGGUUAACAACAGAUGUGAGGGAUGAUGGCUCUGAAGAUAUUAAUGAUAUCCAAUUGCCUAAUAAUCCAAAUUAUCCAACACAUUUAUUGACAUCUUCGUUAGACAAUACUGUAAAGUUAUGGGAUAUCAAAACAGGUAAAUGCAUAAGAACACAAUUUGGUCACAUUGAAGGUGUUUGGUCUAUCAGCGCAGAUACUUUCAGAAUCAUCAGUGGAUCGCACGAUCGAACUGUCAAAGUGUGGGACUUACAAAGUGGUAAAUGUUUGCAUACAUUUGGAAACUCUUCCAGUGUCAGUUCUGUUGGAUUGAGUGAUGCAAGAUUUUGUGUUGGUUUAGAAAAUGGUACGGUGAAAAUGUUUUGUUUUGAUUAG